AAAGCGGAAGAACACGUCCCUUGUGCAACGGCGCAUGGGCCGAAAUAGGGAAAACAAAUGAAAUAGAUCAUGGAAUUACAAUUUUAAUUGAGAAAAAAUAGAAUUUACGUCGGAAAUUGUUUUUUACUGUUGCAAUGAUGUCCCGUAAUGAUUUAGAUUCGAUACAGGUGCAGCUGAAAAUUUCUAUUCAGAACCAUCAGGCUCUAGUCACGUCCAUGAAAAACGAACCACAGAAUGCGGAAUUGAAGAAGAAACUCCAUGAGUUACAGAAAGAAAUAUUCAUUUUAAGUGAGAAACAAAGAGGCAUAGUCCAGAGACUGCGAUCAGACAUAGUGAACAGACAGCCGAACCAACAGGCCCCAGUGCAGAGAAACACUCUUACCAAAUCUCAAGAAUCUCAGCCUCAGCCAGCUCACAUCAUGCCCCGCCCAAUUCAGCCCCGCCCAAUCCAGCCUGCCCCACCUUUACAACCCAUUGUUCUGAGGCAGCCUGUGCAAGCUAUUCAGCCCAAGCCAUUGAUUGAAAAUAUCCCACCAAGUCCGAGCACAGGAACACGGGUUAGUACAGACUCGGCUCCUCAGAAACCAGGUUCACCUCCGAUAAGGGUACCCACAUACCACAGACCCUCAAUUUUACAGGGAAGCAAGUCUCCCAUUAGCAACAAAAGUCAUCAUGUGACUUCCUCCUUUGUAAGGAAACCUUCAGACUCAGAUAACAAAGAGUUCACCAAACCAGCAGACAAGAAACAGGUCUCUCAGGAGGAAAAAGAAAAAAUGACAUUUAUAGCUGCAUUGGAUUUGGUGACCCAAGAGACUCUGAAAGAAAUGCAAAACAGAAGAUAUGAGAGAAAGAGGCGGACCACCGCUAAUCCACUGUACAACUUUGAGCCAGAGAGAAAAAGGCCGCAAAACUUGAUGUUGGCAUCCUCCAUUUCAAAUCCACCCAAUGGGAAAAGAGGACGAGGUCGUCCCCCAAAGUCUCGUUCACCCAACAGCAGUGUUCCAGGAACUCCUGAAAGUACUGAUGGUCUCAUUACUAAUGGAAUGACCAGACCUAAUAACGAUGUCCAUGAUGACUUUUGUGCAGUGUGUAACCAGUCUGGACAACUCCUCCUGUGUGACACCUGCAGUAAGGUAUAUCACCUCCAGUGUUUGGAUCCACCCCUCAGUGAGAUCCCUGAUGGGAGGUGGAGCUGUCAGAAGUGUAGGGCAAGUGGACGAGCGAGCUGGUCUUCUGAUGCAUUAGCUCGAGUGAACAACUUCAUCACAAAUAAGUCAUCCAAAGAAGAAGAAAGGCGGAGGUUACAGAGAAGGAACAGUGACUUGUUGAGUGAGAAGUCACAACUAGAGAACAAAAACAAACAGUUCAAUGACAAUCUGAUGGUUCAGAUGCAGAGGCGGGAUGAUCUUCUGGAGAAGAACAAGCUUCACCAACAGAAAGUCGAAAGUCUGAAAAACUUCAUCAAACUACUACAGAACUCCUAACAUACAAGCUUCACCAACAGAAAGUCCAAAGUCUGUAAAACUUCAUCAAACUACUACAGAACUCCUAACAUACAAGCUUCACCAACAGAAAGUCCAAAGUCUGAAAAACUUCAUCAAACUACUACAGAACUCCUAACAUACAAGCUUCACCAACAGAAAGUCCAAAGUCUGUAAAACUUCAUCAAACUACUACAGAACUCCUAACAUACAAGCUUCACCAACAGAAAGUCCAAAGUCUGUAAAACUUCAUCAAACUACUAUAGAACUCCUAACAUACAAGCUUCACCAACAGAAAGUCCAAAGUCUGUAAAACUUCAUCAAACUACUAUAGAACUCCUAACAUACAAGCUUCACCAACAGAAAGUCCAAAGUCUGUAAAACUUCAUCAAACUACUAUAGAACUCCUAACAUGAAUUCACCUGCUGUACCCGGAUACCUAAAACACUUAGAGCUUCAUUCUUAAUGUAACUUAUGCUGCAGGUCUGCGCUUAGAUUGUUUGUUUGUUGUUUUUUCACUUUAAUUAUUCAUCUCACUGCAGGACAAUGGAAUUCCCUUAUACAGGUUUGCUCAAAAGGCUGUGAAGUGCAGAGAGACAGUCUGUGUUUUGGUGUAUUGUGCUUGAAUUAGAUUUUAAUUUUGGUAAAAAUUCAAUCGAAGUCUGAUUUUGUCUGAAUGGAUUUACGACAUCUGUGUACUGAAAUUCCUGGCAAACACAUAAAAAUAUUCAAUAUGUCCACAUCUCUACAGUGUACAUCAUUAAUUUUAAUAACUAUUUAUAUCACAGUGCAGAUAUUUUCUGCAAACUGAAUACAUGAACAUGUAUUUGAAUCAACUGGUUAAAUUUACAAUAUUAUUUUACAAUCUUUUGUUAAAAUGAAGAUGAAUUCAUUUUUUCUAUUUAAAAUAUUGGAAAUUCAAAUUAUAAAAGAUUCCGUUUAGACCCCUUGACAAACAUUUGAAUUGCACCUGUGCAUGUUGUCCGUAAUGUUUGUAUGUGGCCAUUGUUAUCUAUGGUGUGUGUGAAUCACCAGUCAGUCAUGCUGAUAUGUUAUUACCAAUCAUGUUGUGAUUAUUGAGUGCAAGAUGAAACAGAAUGUUGUGAUACAGUGUGUCCACCAAAAUCAAAUAUACAUGUGAAUAAUUGUCUGUUUACAGCUACAUGUGGAUAAUUGUCCGUUUACAGCUACAUGUGGAUAAUUGUCCGUUUACAGCUACACAUGGAUAAUUGUCUGUUUACAGCUAUACGUGGAUAAUUGUCCGCUUACAGCUACACGUGGCUAAUUGUCUGUUUACAGCUACACGUGGAUAAUUGUCUGUUUACAGCUACACAUGGAUAAUUGUCUGUUUACAGCUACAUAUGGAUAAUUGUCCGUUUACAGCUACACAUGGAUAAUUGUCUGUUUACAGCUAUAUGUGGAUAAUUGUCUGUUUACAGCUACACAUGGAUAAUUGUCUGUUUACAGCUACAUGUGGAUAAUUGUCUGUUUAAAGCUACAUGUGGAUAAUUGUCUGUUUACAGCUAUACGUGGAUAAUUGUCAGUUUACAGCUACAUGUGGAUAAUUGUCUGUUUAAAGCUACAUGCAGAUAAUUGUUUGUUUAAAAUUGUUUGUUUAAAGCUACACGUAUUUUUGGUGGGCAGUGUAAGAUUAUACCCAUAUGUGCAAUUAUAGCUUUAUAGAUUUGCAUGUUAAUUUAUGAUACAAAAUGUUUGUAUUAAGUAAUGAAAUGGUAAUAAAAUGUACUUGAGUACAAUAAUCAAA